AUGUCGAUUACAGUUAUUGGAGCAGGUAUAUUAGGACUUUAUACGGUAUUUGAAUUACUUGAAGAGGGAAUUGACCCUAAAUCUAUCAAUAUGGUUGCACAAUAUAUUCCGGGAGACCAAUCCCCUGAUUAUACUUCACCAUAUGCUGGAGCAUACUUUUCUUUAACCAUUGGUGAAGAGAGUCUUCCAUUGAGUAGUUACACUUAUGAAAAAUUGGAGGUUUUGAAAUCAAAACUUGGAGAUAAUUGUGGUCUUGGUAAGUGUUGGUCCACGGAAUAUCAACAUGAACCUUUAGAGGAAGAUUACCUUAAGAAAUUACUGUUUGCAAAUUACGAAAUUGUAGAAUCAUCAGAUCCCAGAAUUGCUCAUGGAGUCAAGUAUAUGGCUUGGGUCUUCAAUCCUCCCAAAUUCACUCAAUCAAUCAUGAAAUAUGUUCUUGAUAAAGGUGUUUCUUUGGAGGUGAAAAGAUUAAAUCAUAUCAAGGAAAUCAACACUCCUAUCAUCUUCAAUUGUAGUGGUAAUGGGGCAAAAAAAUUAGGAGGUGUUGAAGACUCCACCUGUUACCCUGUUAGGGGCCAAGUUGUAGUCAUUAGAGCACCUCACAUCAAUGAAUGUGUCCUGUUCUGGAGUGAAGAUGAAUCUACCUAUAUCAUCAAACGUCCUGAUUCCAAUACUGAUGAAUGUAUUUUAGGAGGUUUCUAUCAAGACAAUGUGGGAGAUAUGUCAACUUACGGUUUUGAAACAAAGGAUAUCUUGGAAAGGACCUCUAGCAUUUACCCUAAAAUCUUGAAUGGAGGUACUAUCGAUGAUCUACAAAUCUUACGUGUUGUGGCAGGUUUACGUCCCGGUAGAAAAGAUGGACCUAGAAUCGAAGUAGAAAAAAUUGAAACUGGCCACAUAAUUCAUAAUUAUGGAGCUGAAGGUUCUGGGUACUUAUUUGGAUUAGGUAUGGCUCACAAAGCCGUCAAAAAGUUUUUAGAAAUUUAA